AUGAAGAUUGUGACAUGUAAAGUUCAUCAAGUUUGCCGAUAUGCUAAAUGUACAUCUAUUGGGAUGAAACGAAAAUGGGUUUUAUCCAAUGAAGAACGUGAAGAAAAAUAUGAUACAAGACGAAAACGUUUUCGUGAAAAUCGUAGGAGUGAAGAAGAUCCUGAUAUUUAUAAAUUUUUAGCCAAAGAAGUAAAAAAUUACUUAUCGAAAAUAUAG